GCCCCGCCCCUGUGGCCGCGGCCUCCCCCGCCCGGCGCCAUGGCCGCUGCGGCCGGGGACGGCGCGGCGAAGCCACUGCAAAGCGCCAUGAAACUGGCCAACAGGGCUAUCGAGCUAGACACCGGCAACCGGCCCCGGGAGGCAUACGUGGAAUACCUGAGAAGCAUCCACUACAUCUCCCAGGCGUUGCUGGAAGAUGUGGAAAACACUACAGAAGGUGGGGAAACAGUUCUUCCUGAGACCUCAAAGAUGCUGAAACUAGCUGAACAGUGUCUGGAACGGGCCCAGUCAACAGCUACCAAACUUGGGAGAAUAUGCCUGAAGCCAGCUGUACCUGUGGCUCCCCCCAUGCCCUUGCCCACCAGCCGACACCGCCGAGUGUGUUCAGACGAGGGAGGGAAACUCUCCCCGUUCCUGCCUCCUGAGAUCUUCCAGAAGCUGCAGGUGGCAGAAUCACAGAACUCUAAGAAGGAGCUAACGCCACUGGAAAAGGCCUCCUUACAGAACCAGAAGCUAAGGGCCACAUACGAGGCCCGAAUGGCCCGUCUGGACCCCAGUCAGGCCAUGCAGAAGACAUCACUGACCCUGUCUCUACAGCGGCAGAUGAUGGAGAAUCUGGUUAUCGCCAAAGCAAGAGAGGAGACGCUCCAGCGGAAGAUGGAGGAGCGCCGCCUGCGUCUUCAGGAGGCAGCCAACAGGAGGUUCUGCAGUCAAGUUGCUCUGACCCCAGAGGAGCGGGAGCAGCGCGCCCUCUAUGCUGCCAUCCUGGAGUAUGAGCAAGACCAUGACUGGCCAAAGCACUGGAGAGCCAAGCUUAAGCGGAGCCCAGGGGACCUGUCAGUAGUAACCAGCCUGGUCUCCCACUUGCUCAGCCUUCCUGAUCACCCAAUCUCCCAGCUCCUGAAGAAGCUCCAGUGUGCAGUAUACAGUGCAUUGUACCCUAUUGUGAGCCGGGCCGCUAUCAGUGCUGCGCCUGCGCCAGGCUGCUGCUCUCUACCCCCAGAAGCCAACGGCCUCCUGGCUCCUGGGAGCCGGCGACUUCGAUCCUCCCAGAGCCUCUACUGCAUGCUGUCGCCUUCAGAACCCAGUGUAGCCCCAAGACCUCUGGAUGGACCUCCUUCCACACCUUCUGCCCCCACACUCCACUCAGGCUCUCUGGACAGAGAGGCAGACGGCAGCCCAGCAGGGCCUUCCUCACCCCUGGUGGAGGCUUCAUCCCACUUGCCAGACAAGGACAGCUCCUUUGAGGACCUGGAGCAGUUUGUGGCUGUAUCUGAGCCACACACUCCGGGAGCAAAGAGGGAGCCCUUGCUGGAAUGCCUGAAGAACACAGUGAAGGACAUUCACAAUGCUAUCGAUAGACUGCUCUCGCUGACUCUUUUGGCCUUCGAAAGCCUGAAUACAGCCACCUCCAAAGACCGCUGCCUGGCCUGCAUCGAGGAGCCCUUCUUCUCUCCACUGUGGCCCCUGCUGCUAGCCCUCUACAGGAGUGUGUACCGUACCCAGGAGGCUGCUGUGAACAGGAGCAUGGAGCUGUACAGGAAUGCACCCCCUACAGCCCUUGGCAUCCCUGCCAAGCUCCUCCCACGUGCCCCUGAGGCUCAAGCCUCCACCUACCCCUACCGCACUGCGGCCCAGGAACUGGGGCUGCUAGUUUUGGAGAGCUGCCCCCAGAAGAAGCUGGAGUGCAUCGUGCGGACUCUUCGGGUCAUCUGCAUCUGUGCGGAGGACUACUGCCGUGCCCCAGAGGCCAGGCCUGAGGCUGGGUCCCAGCCCCCUGCUGCCGCCAUUGGUGCUGAUGACCUGCUGCCCAUCCUGUCCUUUGUGGUGCUGAGGAGUGGCCUCCCCCAACUGGUGUCAGAGUGCGCCGCCCUGGAGGAGUUCAUUCAUGAAGGGUACUUGAUUGGAGAAGAAGGGUACUGCCUGACAUCAUUGCAGAGUGCCCUGAGCUAUGUGGAACUUCUGUCCCGGGGACGACUGGACAAGUAGUGGUGGCUGGACCUCCACAGCUGUACUAGAUGUCCGGUUUGGGACCAGCCUGCUGUGGCGGCUCUCUGUCGCUCUUGUCCACCUUCCUAACCGUACAUCUAUCCUGGAGGCCUGGGGUAGUGCCUCUUCUUCAGCAGGGCUUGGCUAGCAGAGUCAAGCUGGCCUGUCCUGGGCCUGCCUCUCAGACCCCAUAGGAGAAAUCUGUAGCUGCUGUUCCUUGGGGAGCCUGCAACACUGACAGACCUCCAGUAAACCUGGAUGGCGCUGGCCUGGUCAUGGACACUAAGCAGCCCCUACUGGGAAUCAACACAGAAAUGGGCACUGGAAGCCUCUCCAGGGUAGUCUGGUUUUAUACCCUUUUAAUUUCCUGGAACAGCCAAAGUUUGUGUGAGCUAGUUUCUUGUUAGUCAGUAACAAGAGCUUCACCCUCACCCCAGAGGACUGGGUGUGGGUAGUGUGACCCAGAGGACUGGGUGUAGGUAGUGUGAGGCUGUUUGUGCAUCAGGCAGUGACUGCCCUGCUCGCUUCUGCUGGCCCAUGCCUGGGAUAUGAGCCUCCCUCCUACCGAGGCCCAGGACAUCCUGUCCUGGGGUUACCUUGGUUGGGGACAGUGAACGUUUAGGACACUGACCAACACAUAGUUUAUACAGCCUCUCCAACGUCAGAGUCCAAGGGUCAGCACCUUGACUGUUAUAUGCUCCCAAAUGGCUACCAACUCAGCCUAAAAUAAAGAGGUCGCUCCAACUAAGUCCAUGUGGCUGGCUCAUUGACCCUCUCUCUACUGGCCUCCCAGAGAUCACAGAUGACAUAUGGUAAUGAGGACCACAGCCCACCCCAGACCCUCUCUCUACUGGCCUCCCAGAGAUCACAGAUGACAUGUGGUAAUGAGGACCACAGCCCACUCCCAGACCCUCUGCAUAGAAGCAGUAUCUUCCCAGGACUGUCCCCAGCAAGGAGAGUGUGGACAUCAUUCUCUAGGCUAGCAAAUCUCUGCAGGGGUCAUUAGGAGGCCAGGAUUCGGUCACUACUGUAGCUCUGAGCCUACAGCAGUCCCUGAAGGUGUCUCAAGGACAUUAUCUUACAGAAAUGCCAUGUAGUGUUUCUACUUCCACACGUAGGGACACAGAGAUGCCCUAAGAGAAUGGAGGCAUCCAAGCACAGACAUCAACUUCUAGGGAGGCAAGCUGCCCCACCCCGGAAACUGGGGUUGCUGCAAGGAGGUAGGUGGCAGGACAUUGAGGGGAGGUUCCAGUCCCAGCCCACCAGAAGUAGGAGUGGGACUGUUGAAGAUUCUUGGGGAAAGGCUAGUUGUAACUUAUUUAUUGGGCAUUUUUUGGAUGCUCGUGUUCCAAACCUGCAGGUAAUGACUUCUUUUGCCCCCACAAAGAAAUAGGUAACAUCCCUCUCUGAGCCUGGUAGACUGAUUCUAGAGUCUAUCCUGGGACCAUGACACCAAAUGCAGAUGGUGAGCCCAGGUUGGCCUGAGCAGGGCAACCCAGUUCCUGAAGCACUUGACCUAUGAAAGAAGAAUGGGAAUGGGCCAGAAGCCCCUAGCAGCUUCUUCCCACCAGCAUCAGGAAUAGACAGGCCAGUGCCAACUUUUGCUUUCUCACACUGGGAGAUUUGAACCUCGUGCCCAGCUGCUGGUGAGGCACAGACUUUGUCCCAGCAGUUAAGGCACUUGCUCUCACAAGGGACCAGGUUUCAGUUCCCAACACCUACACAGCAGUUCUCAACCAUCUGUAACUCCAGUUUUAGGGACUCCAAUGCCCCAAUCGGCACUCCCUACAUGCAG